AGGAAACAGACCGGACCCAAGCAGGAAGUUCACCUGCUCUGCCACCUUAGAGCUGUGUUUCCCAACCAGGGUGUCCGGGCAUGCUGGGAGUUGUAGUUUUGCAACAGCUGGAGGCUCCCUGCUUGGGCACCAUUGCCAGUGCCGCUGCUGCUGUGCACCUCUUUAGUGCUUCCGGUUAUUUGCCUGCAGCUGUAACUAAGAUCCGGCGCAUGAAAAAUCCUGUCAGCAACCUGUAGCUCUCGUCUCUGCGUCAGCUAUUGUCUGCAGGUAUCAGCCACCAAGCCCUUUAUAGUCACCAGCUGCAGAACAUCUUCUGCGCUCUUAACCCCUUGUGGACGCUGCCAAUUUUCGCUUUUUCACUUUUUUUUUUCCUUCUCGCUUUCUAUUAGAACUCUCUUAGUUUUCCAUCCACAGACCCAUGUGAGACUUAUCAUGUAUGGAACGAAGCCUGAUCUUGGAGCAUUCUAUAAUGGAUAGAAGGUUCUGGAGGCAACGCCACAACAAAGAACUGAAGGUUGAAAUAGCCAAUAAUUCAGAAAUGUGUUUCUAUGGAUUUGCCGACCGCUAAAUAAUUAGGCUGGAUAUUGAUGAAGAAAGGGUGUGGCCAAAGGAAUAGUUAUCCAUCCUACAGCCAUCAUGCUGAACUUCAGUAUACUAAAUCUAAAUAUGACGCUGGUUUGAAGUUACAACUAUUCUACUAUCCUGAAAAGGGGUUAUCCCAGUGAUUCUCAACUGGAGUGCCACCAGGACCAGCCAAGUAUAGGAUCACAGCACUUAAAGGAUCGAGGAAAACCUCACCCAUAUGUUUUGCAUAUUUAAGAGGAACCAUACGUGUAGGAUAAAAGUGGAGAAGAGUCACCGAGGAGAGAUCUUCCUUCAAUACUUCAUCAGGAGAACAUCUGCAGCACAGAGGGAUAUAGAGACAAGAUGACAAGCCUACGGGUGACCAAUGUUGACUUUCAGCAGAAUGCAAAUACUACAGCUCACAGAACCAAAGAUUAUGUCACCAGUGAACUGAUUGUCCGAAGAGGCCAGAGCUUUAAUAUAAGCCUUAACUUCAAUAGACCUGUUCAGUCCUCAGAUGGUCUCACCAUGAUUGUAGAAACAGGUACCAGACCAUCUGAAUCCAAAGGAACAAGGGCUGUGAUGGCUGUUUCCAAUUCUCCCAGUAGAACGGCCUGGAGUGUGGUACGUGGAAACCGCAGUGGCAGCUCUAUGACAAUGGGCGUCAACCCGUCAGUGACUGGAGUUGUUGGCCGUUACCGGAUGAAUCUACAGAUCACCAGUGGAGGGCGCUCCUCAACUUCUAACCUUGGAAGCUUCGUUUUGCUCUUUAACCCAUGGGCAUCAGGUGAUGAAGUUUACAUGAGUAACGAUUCAGAGAGGGCAGAGUACGUGCUGAAUGAUGUCGGAAUGUACUGGUAUGGAAAUUCUUCGGGAUUUAGCAGUAGAAGAUGGGACUAUGGUCAGUUUGAAAGUGACAUCUUGAACAUCUGCCUCACCUUGUUGGACAAGAGUUCAAUCUACUCAUCGGACGAAUCUCUCCGAAACGAUCCCCUCCAUGUGGGCAGAAUGAUGUCAGCCAUGGUGAACAGCAAUGAUAAUGACGGUGGGGUGGUUGUGGGUAACUGGAAUGGAGACUACACUGAAGGAAUGAACCCUACACAGUGGAAUGGAAGUGUCAGCAUCCUCCGCGAGUGGAAGAGGAGUGGACCUGUCAAAUUCGGACAGUGCUGGGUAUAUGCGGGCGUCCUCUGCACAGUACUCAGAUGUCUUGGCAUUCCAGCUCGUCUCAUCAUUAACUUCGAUUCCGCUCAUGACACUGACAGGAAUCUUAUUGUUGAUAACUAUUAUACGGCUGACGGAAAAAAGGACAACUAUUCGACAGACGACAGUGUGUGGAAUUUCCAUGCAUGGGAUGAGAUGUGGUCAGUCCGAAAGGAUAUCGGAUCCUUUUAUAAUGGAUGGCAGAUUCUGGACUCAACUCCUCAAGAACCAAGUCAAGGUAUUUACUGCUUGGGACCAUGCGCCUUAAAAGCUAUAAAAGAAGGAGAUGUGGACCUCAAUUAUGACACCACAUUCGCAUUUGCUGAAGUCAAUGCCGACACCAAGCACUGGGUCAUAAAUGCUGAUGGGACAAAAAACAUGAUUUAUUCUGAGCCUCAAGCUGUAGGCGCCUACACCAGCACCAAGGCUGUUGGUUCUUUCACACGUGCGGAUGUCACCAAUGACUACAAAUACCCUGAAGGAUCUCUCAAAGAAAGAGAAGUAUUCAAAAAAGCUGAAGAAAAAUUGCGACCUAAAGUCUCAAGAAAUGCCCGUAUGGCCUUCAUGUCAGUCCGCGAUGACGCUCCAGAAGAGACAGCAGUUAAACCGGAAUUUUCCGGCACUUUCAAGAAUGGGGAAACACAGGUUGGGGAAGAUCUGAUCAUGGAACUUACCCUCAAAAGUACAGCGGCCAACACCAGGACCGUGAACGUGAACAUGACCGCUACCGCCAUAAUAUAUAACAGUACUCCAGUCAAGGUCAUCAUUACUGACUCACAGACUGUUACACUGGAAGCAAAGAAAGAGAAAAGUAUUUCAUUUAACAUUACAUACCCUCAGUAUAAAACGGCCAUAACCCCAGACAACAUGAUCGAAGUGGUGGCUGUGUGUCAGGAUGAACUGGGAGGUCAACUGCUGGUGAACAAAGUGGUGACACUGAAGAACCCUCCACUGCUCCUUAGGGUGAACCAGCAAGCUAAACUGAAGACAAUAUCUACUGUGGACGUGAUAUUUACUAAUCCUAUUAAAGAAAAUGUCAAUGACUGCACUCUCAUCAUUGAGGGAAGUGGCCUCAUGGAAAAACCACAAGUGGUCCGCGUGCCAAUUCUCAAAGAAAACCAGAGAGUCACCAUCGAAGUAGAAAUCGACCCCUACAGAAUCGGAGAGAGAAGCAUCUUGGCGGAUUUUUCCUCUAAAAAAUUCCCCAAUGUUAAGGGAUUUCAGUCUGUUGUGGUGAAUACCGGUAAAUCUUAAGGGAGACAAUGAAUUAACGAAAUAUAUGGUGGCUUAUAAUAUAAAGGCUACAGCGGUCUCUCAGUUAUUUAUAUGUAAAUAAAGCAGGAAGA